CACCAAAGGUUAAGUGUGAGAGUUGGACUUUUUGGACAACUAUCGACAGUUAGCAGAAUCUAAGGAAAUGCAAUGCAGCUUAGUUGACAUCGCCACCUUGGUUAAUUCUAUGUGUUUUGUCCUUGUUGCACCCUUCUCUUCUCUGCUAUAAUCCUCCUCCUUACAAUCCCUUUGCUUGGGCCUUAGACCCCAAAAGUUGAGCUAUGGGUUCCUCUCGCUCACGUGCCUCUGCCACCGCCAAAGAACGCCUACGCUGGACACAAGAACUCCAUGAUCGCUUUGUAGUGGCUGUAAAUAGACUAGGUGGCCCUGAUCGGGCAACACCAAAAGGUAUAUUGAAAGGAAUGAAGACUAUGGGUAUUUCAGAGCUAAGCAUUUAUCAUGUCAAAAGCCACUUGCAGAAAUACAGGAUCUCCAAAUUGAUUCCAGAGUCCUCCACAAGAGGAAAAGUUGAGAAGAGAAGCAUAUCAGAUAUACUUCCAAAUUUUAGCUCUAUAUCUGCUCUUCAACUAAAGGAACUGCUUCAAAUGCAGAAAGAGGUGCAAAAUCGCUUGGGUGAUAAAACACAGGUUGCGAGAAGUAUGAAGGAAAAAGUUGAAGCACAAGGAAGGUACAUGGAGAGACUUGGACAAAGCAGUGAGAUGAAAACAAGAACUGGAAAAGCAUGCAAGGCUUUUGAUUCUUCUACAACUGCACCUCUGCCUUCUCUUUCUGAGGAAUCCGAAUCACUGAAAUCACAGAGUGAGAAAGAGCAUGAAUCGGUCAAAAAGCAAAGGAUUUCAGAAGAGGGUGUUUUUCCAUUAAGUUUUGAACAUGCAUCAUCAACCCCACCAGAAUUCUACAACCAAACAUGGAAUCUUCCUUGGAGCCAGCUUGCAGCAGCAUGCCUAUCAACUUUGGAUCCCAGUUUCAUAUUUUGAGUUUUCUUUGUUAAUAAUGUGUUUGCCUAAUACAAGAAUGAUGCUCUUCAUCUUACUAUAAUGUUUGGUGUAUCUGUGUAAUAUAGUGCUGGAAAAAUAAAUAAAUAAAUGUUUGGGGUUGGCUAGAA